AUGCCGUCCGAUGACCCGCCCGCUGCUGACGGCAGCUUCCUGUCUUCAGAGAAAUCAUAUCUGCCUGUGGAACUGCAUGGAAUCGACCCAGAUCGUGGACGGUUUCGUACGGGCGACCGUGAAGAGCUUACACAAGAGGCUUGCCAGUCUGCUCACGAUAAAGCAGAGACGUGGAGGUCUUCCGACGAUUGUGUGCGGCUGAUGCAAGUUCGAAAUUCCGUUCAGGUCGACGAAAAUUUUCCCGGUGCAACACUAAAUUCAAGGGAGAGUCAGAGUUCCAUAGACGCGGCUGAGAAACAGCUCGAGCCGGCGUCUGCAACGGCAACUGGGAGCGGAGAGAGGCAUGUUAAGUCAUACAUUCUCAAGCGUCAUGUGGAGGAAUUUCACCCCGCAGAAAAAAAGGGUAUGGAAGAGCUCUGCCAAGGCGUAGAUGUGAAGGCAUUCCAGGAUCCUGAUGACCAAAUUCGACAGCGCGGCGUCGAGAAAGAAGAGAUACUACAGUUUGUUGGAGGUGAAGAAAGAUCGGGAGACGCGUCAGAAAGCCUCGAGAGAACAGGGCAGUCACCGACCGGAUUGAAAGAGGAGUCUGCCCCUGAAUCUUUCUCAUCUUUAGAAGAAGCAUUCUUGGCGAGCCUGCAUGUCAUUUCGGAUCUCAGGGAGGCAGUUCAGUUGUUGCUGAGCGUUCGCUUGACGCAUGCCAGUGGAACUGCGCCGGAGAAUACAUUGGGGGAACACCAGGCUAAGCAAGCAACUGAGCGAGCAGCCCAAAUUGCGGCCAGGACAGCUACUUUCAGCUGCCUACCUCACGCCUAUGAAGCACUGCUAUCUGGUGCUAGGGACGCCAAUAUUGGCGAACAUGCUUUUGAAAGCGACCCUGUAUGUUCAUCGAAUCAGACGCACAUGACAGAGAUGCAGGGAGCCGACUCUUCUGCGGAAGAGCGGGACUCUGUGAAACACGGACUUGAUGCUACCGCUUCCCUGUGCGAGCUCGCAUCCGCGAGAAGUACGUAUCUCCCCCAGACCCUACGCGGCCGCGUGCACAGCAGUGGCUCACUAGAAUGCUGCAGCCACGCCCUCAAUCGUGACUAUGAACUCUCUGUGUGUAAGGCUCUCCUCAUGCUGCAGAACCUCGACGGGCCGGAUGAACGCAGCUCUUCGGGACUAAACUCAUCCAUUGGUAUGGCACCAUACUGGUCGCAAGAGUUCAGUUCAUCUGACAGCGCGCACCCAAACCACCGAAACCAAGACAUCCAGGCGGAGCGCUGUCUUAAUGGUGCGUCACUGCGGUCAGGCCCACGACAUUCCAGACCGAAACUAGAGAGACGAGAUACACAACGGAGCGGCAUGGAGGCGAGUUCGCCAGCUGCUGUGUCUCCGACGACUAAAAAACACCACCUGUCGGAGGCAGAGCGGGUGUCUGGAUCAAACUCACCUUCGGUGUGUCUAUCACAUGCGUUGCUUGAAUCAGCGAUGAAGAAUCGCGUUGGCGCAACCUACAUCAUGGAAAUGCUCCUGAAGGUCCGACUACUACGGCAAGCGCAUCUGAUGAUGCGGGCGGACCUGCUGAUGAUGCGGAAACAGCAAGGACUUCAGCAGCAGCGGCUCAGCCGAGCCCUUCAAGAGGCUGUGAAGCGCCAUGAGUCAGAGAGGGAUUCCUUGAUGAGCCGCUUGCAGAAGCUCGCGUGGCUGCUACAAAAGAAAUGA